AGUUGAAACAUUUGUUAAAAUUCGUUACACCAGUGCGCUACCUGUGAACAGUGUGCGAUAAAUGUAUAUAUCUGUAAUAACAAUACAUUUCUGACCUAUUGCUGGGACUCGAUCUCAAAACAAGUUUCAGGUUUGUUAGACCAUGUCGGCUUCUGAUCAUCCCUAUUACUUUACAGGGAACGGAACAUACAAAGCCAUAAACCCUUUAGUGUCGCGAGUGGGAGAUUUUACCCCAUUCUAUAUAGCCAUUGCCAUUAGUUCUGUAAUACUGGGCUUGAUUCUUAUUUUGAACGUGGUGUGCUGCUGCUCGAGGUACUCUGACUACUGGCUGGACCGACACACGGGAAACCGUUGGAUUGUAUCCAUCUGGUCCACCACUCCGCACAAACAGCCUCCACUUGACUUGACCGAGUUAGAGAGUGACUACCAGCCGGUCCACUACGUCCAACCAUACUCCACGGAAUACCACGAGGAACACGGCAGAGGCGACGUCCCUCCGUCCGUCUCCACUCAACCACUGACAUCCUCUCAAGAGUACCUAGAGUUACAUAAGCGUGAGAGUGACAUAUAAAUCUAAAAACCAUGUCCUUCUUAAUGCUAUAUCCCGCUGUGGCCGUGUUAUCUCUAUUCAUCCUCUUGGUGAUCAUUCUGAUGCUUAGAUUUGGGGCCCGUUGGUGUAAGCUAAGACAUGACACCUUACCUGUACAUC